AUGAAGGGAUAUAAUCUCCAAGGACAUAUUUUCAAGAGCGUUGAAGUACAAAACGAAACAGAUUGCGAUGUAAAGUGCUACUUGGAAAGCGAUUGUAUAUCAUUCAACGUUGUAACCUCGCCUACGGAUGGAACGAUAACUUGUGAAUUGAGUAAUUCUGACCAUGAAACCCACCCAGAGGAUCUGAGGCGCCAAUUUGGAGCCGUCUAUCAACCAAUCAAGGUAAAGGGUAUCACGUUCAGUGAACACAAAAGGCCGUGCUACAGUGACGAACAGUAGAGCUAUUAAGUAUUGACAAAAUAAUUACGUCCACAAAUGCCAGAAAAUCGAGAGACUUAGAGUCACUUUUACGGAAAACGACAAACUCGAGAUGCAUUAGUUAAAAUUUCACAAAUUAUGGAGUAGUAUACUAUGUUGUAAGAUAAGCCCCGUUGGUGGAUUCCAAUUUAUCGAUCAACAUGGUAUACUACUUUAUGGAAUGAGCAGGUAAAAACUGUCCAAAACAAGUUGAUGAAUAAGCGUUACAAGAAACAACUUAUUCCGAUGUAAAAAUAAUAAAAAAACAAACGACAGGUAAAGGAAAAACUUGGUCACGUUGUACAAUUUGACGUUUGCUGUUAACGUGAUUUUAAAUGUCCCAAAUUUUAGGUUGUUUUGUGUUCCCUAAAGCAUGGAGGUUAGGGCACUAAAAAACUGCCAGCUAUUUUAUGCCAGGUUUUGUAAGGUAAUCAGAAUUGAACCAAUCAUGGGUGAGGUCCUUCCAGGGAAGGGGAGGAGGGUGUCCAUACCCACUGAUCCUUUAAAUACCCCGCCCCACCCCUUGUUCCCAAAUUUAAAAUAUGACAGGUUUUGACCGUGAAACUUAGCUUUCCCUGGUUCCUUGUUUCUGGUCAUAUCUAAGAAAUGGCAUCGUAACUUUAAAGUCGUUAAGUUUCCACAAGUAGCGAACUCGUUGCCAGUUUGUGGAGAACGAAAUUGAAUCUAGGUUUCCGUCCAUUAUCAGAAAAGUUCAACAUUAUAACUUUAAGUCUAAGGCAGACCGGAAAAAACAGAAAUAUGUCGCCAAAUAAAAAAGGGUGAAGGCGUAUUCGUUUGAGCUGUUAAGUCAACCUAAUAUUUCACGGUCUUGUUUCAUGGAAAACUCGACGUUCAGCGGGCCUCUUCUCUAAAAGAUAUUUCACUAUACACCUUUUUUUCCUAACAGAAAUUCGUUAUGUCCCCUUGCUCUCCAAAAUCCGGUAUGGAUGGUGGAGUUACGGCCACGUUAACUAAGAUAUCAACAAAUUGAACACCAUCAUGCGCAUAUUUUCUACGUAUUAAAAAUUACGGGCUUAAAGUGGUUAUAAAAUAUAUAUUUCAUAGGAAAUGGCAACGAAACAUCGGAUAUUUCAUUUUCAGAUACUCCAUACGUGAGCCAAUAGAACAUAAAAGAACUUAAUUAAAAUAAAGUAAAACAGACAUACAAACAAACAGAUAAAGUACUGUAAAAAGGUUUGUGCCCAAAAGUCAUUUUAUAAGUAGGUGGAGCAUGAUCGUCGAGGUGAGCCGGUAAAUUGGUGUUAAAUAGGACUAGUAUUUUUAAAUCCACUUAGUGUACAUUAGCAAAAAAAAAAAACGUUCAGGGUAUUUGAGAAGAAGUAAUAGGCAUAACAAUUAUCUUAAUCCGCUUGAUCCGCUUUCAAAAUACCCUUUUUUGUUGAGUCUGCUUUCUUUCGAAGUACCUCAGACUCUGUACAUGUAAUAUAUUCUUCUAUACUGUUAUUAUAUCUUCAGAACGCCUGUUUAGGGAAUUUUUGUCCGCCGCAUUCAACAUGUCAAAACGGAUACACUGACAAGGGAUACCGAUGUAAGGAACACACGCUGGCAACUCCCACAGGUAUUUUCCCGGCUCAAAUGAAACUAGUUACCAAAGGUUAGGGAGUGUGGGCGACAACGAUCGGAGGUCAAAACGCUUCUAUUCCAACGCUGUGCGUUGCGUAAGUUUCGCGUGACCGAUGGUUAAAACACUCGUGGUCGAGACGCCUCGUGAUCACAUUGCGUUCUGUGGAUUCUAUUCAUUCUUAGUGGAUGUCCAAACAAUGCUGCCUGCGAAAAUUUUUUUUUUUUUGUUGGGGAGGGGAUCACUUUCUUUUGGAGCAUUCAUCUCCAUACUCCAACCUGACAUUUCCCUCUCACAAGACAUUUUGAGACAUUUCCCUUUUCUUACAUGAAAUUUCUAAGUACAGAGUCUAAGUAUCUUCAAUUUUUAAGGAGAAAAAAAUUAGAAGGGCGUGAGUAGCACUCGAACCCGAAGCGUAGAAUCUGCAGUCCACCUCCCAUACCAUUACGCCACUGAGGAUUUGCUGACGAUUGAUGGUUUGAUUUGAAGAUAUAUAGCAACAACCCUAACCCCGAAUAGAAGCUAAUCGUUUAUCGACUCAGUGCUUAACCCUAAUCAGUAUUGAUCAGUGCUUAACCCUAAUCAUUAUUCUCAGGGUUUAUCCCUUGGCGACCUCUGCGGCCAGCUGAACAUUGCAUACAAUUGACUCUUCAGGAAGGAUUGGAAACUAAAUGGGAAGGUUCGGUUACUAUUCUAAGCAGAUUGGCCAAGCUCCCCAAGGAAGUGCUCCCCCCAAAAAAUUUCGCAUGCUGGCUACAUACAUGCGACGCAUGAGUAAUAACCUGGAGAUUAGGAUUGCAGGCUACUCUUGUCGCCCGCAAUUAUACUUUGUUUAAAGAUGUAGUCAGUGAACAUACUAAAGCAAGCCAAUUCGCCACUCCGGCAACUAUAAGAGAAUGGGUACAAGCUUUCGGUUCACUGAUUAUUGGGAUUCUUUGAGUGGAGAAGCGUUACUAAUUAUUAGUUAAUGGUUGCCUUGAAUCCCAUCGACGAAUCAUAACUAAUGUUUUUCGCCCAAGCUAUCCCAGAUAUCACUGCGCUUUAAACUGUACCCAGGUAAUCCCCCUAGAGUUUCUGGCGUGGAGAAUUACAGUAGUAUCCGUAAAAUAAAAUAUACAUUACUUUACAUGACCAAAUAUUGGUCAUGUUAUUUACAAUAUAAGAGAACAAAAGGGAAAUUAAAAAUAGAAAAAAUAUGAAAGGAGUAUUUUAUUCCAUCAAGAAAUAAAAAUUAAAAAAAGAAUAAUAAGAGAUGAUAUUUAUGUAUAUCAUCAGCAUACAGUGUAUUUUCUACAUAAGGCACAGGUACCGUUUAAAUUGUUUGUUUGAUGGUUGGUUUGAAUUUUGAAGGGCGUGUAACAGUGAAAAUGAUGCAAGGCAUUAAUCGUCAUGGUAAAACAAAGUGUUCCCAAAAGUUAUUUGCCCGAAGUCAGUGAUCCAUUAGCCGCCAUCACACAAGCAAAGUUUCACGUUAGAUUAUUUCACAUUUUAAAAAUACUUGUUUAAAUCUAAUCAGUUUUUCCGCGUACUUUCCAAGCUUCCCAGAGCUCCAAAGCACCAGAGACCACUCAAGUGCUCGGAAGCAUUGAACCGCCACAUACCACUCGAGCGUUUGGCAUCACCCAAGCACCACAGAACACCCAAGACCCACUAACCACACAAACGCCGGGGACCUCUCAAGCACCACAGUCCACCCAAGAGCAACUGAACAGCCAAACGCCAGUCACUACUCAACCGCCAGGUACCACCCAAGAUCCACUGACCACCCAAACGCCAGUGACCACUCAAGCACCACAGACCACCCAGGAGCGACUGAACGCCCCAACGCCAGUGACUACUCAAACGCCAGGGACCACUCAAGCACCACAGACCACCCAACAGCCACUGGACACCCAAAUACCAGUGACCACUCAAGCGCCAUAG